CUCAGUCAAGCUGCACAGCGAUGCAAACACUCUUUACCACGCUCUUUGAAGACUAGCACCCGAGACCGACUUGUAUCAAGAUGUCUAACAUAGCCCAUGUGCUGGCCAAAAGGAAGGACAAAGAGGAAGGACUGGGAGGCAAUGACAAUGCCAUUCCUUUCAAUAACCAGGAUUUUGAGAAGCUGCAACGUGAGUGCUUGGACAGUGGCAAACUCUUCUGUGACUCCACGUUCCCUGCUGAAGCCCGCUCUCUAGGAUACAACCAGCUGGGACGAUAUUCCUCCAAGACCACAGGAGUGGAGUGGAAAAGGCCAUCGGAGCUUUGUCCAAACCCUCAGUUCAUUUGUGACGCCGCUAGGAUGUCUGACAUCCUCCUGAUAUCAGCUGCAUUUACAUUUACGACAUUUGGAAGUGGCCUUUAUGUGCUUUGAAGUCUUAGUCGUAGGUUACAGAUUUGGGUUACCAUCAACCUAAAACUCUGUUGGGAGUUUUUAUUAAAUACAGGAAAAGGUAGGUCUUCACCGUCACUUGAAGAUCCAUUGUUUUUAGUCUCUGGGUGUCAAAUAAGAUGAUAGGUGAUCGUACAAUAUUAAAUUUCUGACACGCUGUGCUGAUUAUCACCCUGAAAAACCCCCAAAGCAAAACUGAAAAAGAGUUACGCCAUGGUGCUAAACACUUACAUGCCAUAUGGCUGGUAAUGUAGCCUAAGCUGAGUGUUGUAAUCCAUCCACAUUACAGUACAUCAAACAAAGGGCUUUGGAUCCGGGUGUUACUCCUGCACAAUCAGCACAAAACCCGUUAAAUUUAAUCACAGAGUUCAUGGUAAUGUGACAUCUAACCACCUUGACUUGGAAAUAGUGAAUUGUGGGCAGGGCUUACUCAUAUAAAUUGAAGGUGAACCAACCCACUCUUCAGUGUGCUUUAAUUCUCUUCAUUUGAAUAUAUUGUCUUCUGGUAAAGGAGGUUCCUGACUUUUGUGUACUAUCUGCUUAACUCACUUUGCUCUAGAGUAGUGUGAUUUGAAUUUUGUUAUAUUCUAUACCAUUGUUGAUCUUAUAGUGUUUGUCUUUGCUUAGUUGUUCUAUCAACUGAUUAAUCGGGAUUAGUUUCAGUCUCCCUUAAGGCGUGAAUUGUGGGCAGGGAUUACUCAUUUACAUUGAAGGUUCCCCGGUUUGUAAGUUUCUCUCUAACACAUUGUAACACAAGUGUCUAGUACUGUUUGAUAUAUUCUAACAUACCUUAAAUCUUACUCUUGGUUGACUGCAGAUAUGUGCCUCAAACCCAUCUCUGUACCUUCUGUCACAGAUGCUUUCGUCCACAGAGCAGAGGUCACAAUCCAGGUAAUCUCAUCUACCCUCCUCUGUUGUGUAAGUCUCAAACAGUGGUGGUAGGUGGGCUCUGGAAUUGCCAGUCUGCUGUAAAGAAAGCUGAUUUUAUCUCU